AUGGUGGAAGUCGAACCUGGAACUCCUACAUGGAAGUUCACGCAAUGUUUUGGAGACAAGGGGGACGUUGAAGACAUCACUGAGGCCGACAUCAUUUCCACCGUCGAAUUCGAUCACACCGGCAACUAUCUAGCCACUGGAGACAAAGGCGGCCGUGUAGUAUUAUUUGAACGCAAUGAGACUAAAAAGACUUGCGAAUAUAAAUUCCAUACUGAGUUUCAGUCUCAUGAACCCGAAUUUGACUACCUCAAAUCGCUCGAGAUAGAAGAAAAAAUUAACAAGAUCAAGUGGUGCCGGCGCCAAAAUGCCUCCCAUUACCUUCUCUCUACAAACGAUAAGACCAUCAAACUAUGGAAAGUCUUUGAAAAGUCUCUCAAGGUGGUCGCCGAGAACAAUCUUUCGCAUGAACUGACCCCGGCCGGCCCUGGCGGUGGAGGGGCGCCACGUCCAAAUCACAUUCGCUUUAAGGAUGCUUCACAACUUAAACUUCCGAGAAUGACUCAUCACGAUACGGUCGUCGCAGCCGUUCCUCGACGAACUUAUGCCAACGCUCAUGCCUACCACAUCAACAGCAUCUCCGUCAACAGUGAUGGCGAAACCUUCAUCAGCAGUGACGAUCUCCGAAUCAACCUGUGGAAUCUCAAUAUCCAAGACCAGAGUUUCAACAUUGUGGACAUCAAGCCCGCCAACAUGGAAGAACUCACCGAAGUCAUCACGGCUGCCGAAUUUCAUCCUCACAGUUGCAAUUGGUUCAUGUAUGCCAGUUCUAAGGGGACCAUCAAGUUGGCUGACAUGCGCGAGAGCGCAUUGUGCGAUCAACAUGCGAAACAAUUUGAGCAAGAGGAAGAUCCUUCUUCCCGAUCCUUUUUCUCUGAAAUCAUCUCCUCAAUUUCCGAUGUCCGCUUCUCACACGAUGGUAGAUACAUCCUUUCCAGAGACUACUUGACCGUCAAGAUCUGGGACGUGAACAUGGAGAGACAACCCGUCAAAACGAUACCAAUCCAUGAACACCUCCGACCCCGAUUGUGUGAUACAUAUGAAAAUGACAGCAUCUUCGACAAAUUCGAAGUGGUUUUCAGUGGAGAUGGGAGUAACGUGAUGACCGGCAGUUACAACAACAAUUUCAUGAUCUAUCCAUCAGACCCCGAGCAAGAGACGGAAGUCGUUUUACAAGCAGACAAAUCAGCCUUCAAAGCUAAGAAAGUGGGAGUGCCGACUCCUAUCAACCCCACCAGUCCUAAUGGAGGCAAGAAAGGGAGCUCAAGAGCCGGAAGUCCUGCAGGAGGCACUGGUCAAGGAAGUCGCAUGAGAAAGGAGACCGAUGCUGAUCAAAUCGAUUUCAACAAGAAGAUUCUUCACAUGAGUUGGCAUCCAUUCGAAGAUAGCAUUGCCAUUGCCGCGACAAACAAUCUCUUCGUAUUUUCUGCCCUCUAG